GUUACUGGCAGGAGAGCGAGGCGAGCGUGUGAAGGAAGGGCCUGACAGGAACAAACAUCAUAAAACAUUGUACCGGUCGAUCGCACGGAGAUUACGGUUCACGGGAGUCGCGGAGGAGCGAAUAGCGGGGAUGUCGGUGAAUAUGGACGAACUGAGACAUCAAGUGAUGAUUAACCAGUUUGUUUUGACUGCUGGAUGUGCGGCGGAUCAAGCGAAACAGCUUCUGCAGGCGGCGCACUGGCAGUUCGAGACGGCACUGAGCUCCUUUUUCCAGGAGGCAAAUAUCCCCAGUCAUCACCACCAGAUGAUGUGUACUCCACGCAACACUCCAGCCACGCCACCCAACUUCCCCGAUGCCAUCACCAUGUUCUCAAAGCUGCGGGCAUCUGAAUGCACAGGUGGCAGUGGUGGCGGAACAUCCGCCCAGGUGUCCAUGGCUUGCUCUCCACCCCCUCACUCCUCCGCACAGGGAUUUGGCUCAUUCUGGGCAUCAUCGCCUCCCAGCCACCAGCCCAUCUGGCUACCCCCGUCCUCGCCCACGGGCCACCACACACUCCAUCACCACCACCAUCACAUGCACCAGCCGCCCAUGUGGCCGCCCGUCUCCCAACCUGCCAAUGGCCAGCAAACUCCCGUCAUUUCAGCCCUGCACGGCCAGAGAUGAGACUCUACGGUUGGGGUUGAACCAGGGAGGGCCAGAGGUGUAAAUUUGGGCGUUGUUGCAGUUUAACGGGUUGGGACAUGAGCAGUGGGAAUUGAAAGACUUUGGAUUGCCAAGGGGAAAGGCAUGGUUCUCUUUCUUUCUGUUUUCUAAAAGAAAUAAACAAUCGCUCUUCUUUUGGAGGUCUUGUUUUGUUCUUUUUAACUACUGUCAAUUUCAUUUCUGUCCAAGCCUGGGAAGAACCACUAUAAAAAAAAUUAUGGAAGUUAUAAAGAGGUGGCGGAGCUUCAUAUGACCAGAGAAGCCUGGGAAUGUUUCAUUUACCUCUUUCCAACACCGGAAGAAAGCCACGGAGCCAACUGUGCACAAACAGGGUUUUCUGUUCUUUGGCACUAUUCUCUGACCUAUCCUCUGUAGCACUGUGUCGGCAACAAACAUUUGCAAUAAACGGCUGACAAAGUAGAAGAUUGAAUCUCAUAUCAUGGUGGUUGGUCAUGUUUUCCAUCUCAGUAUGCACCAGAAGGACAUUUCUGUAGAGAUAUUGUCGUUUGAAUUCUUAAUGAUGCCAUUAUAUGACAAAAUAUCACCUCAUAUGCUUGUUCAAGAUGCACAUUUUCAAUGGGUGUAUGUUCUUAGACAUAGCUGUGAUACUAAGUUGAAUAUAUCUUGAAUCAAAACAACUAGCUGAGAAGUGGAAAAGUUAUAAAAAAUGAGUGAAUGUAAAGAGUUUGCAAUAUUUUGGGGAGAAUUGGUUCAAAUCAUCCCAGACAUCACGACACUGUUUCAUUUGGUUAUUUAGUAUGAAUGCAAAGUUGUUUUAUUUUUUGCUUGGAAAAAUUCUCACCUUGUAGCAUGUAUGCAGUUGCAAAUUUUCAUGGAGAAAUUCUAUCAAGAUUGAAGACUACAAAAAAAAAUCUUAAUCCGUAUUUAAGUAGUUUUUCCAGUAAUUAUAACUAAACAUCCUUAAAACAUGAUACAUUUACUAGCAAAAUUGUGUCAAAAUAAGACUUUCUUUUUUUUCAGAUAAAUUUCUGACCCCAUUUUCUAAAACCUCACUAAAUUUUGUUAGAUUUAUGCUUAAAAUUUGAAAAAUAAACAUAAUCUGAAACUCAAUGCAAGUUAAGCUCAGUCUACAGCAUUUGUGACAAUGUUGAUUUCCACAAACAUUUAUUUUUACUUGUUCCUUCUUUUCUAAAAAAAAAAAAAAGCUAAAAUCUUGGUUCCAGUGAGGCACUUUCAGUGGAACAGAAUGGGGGUAAUUUUUUAAAUUAAAACAGGUUUAGCCACAAGACGAAUGAUAUGUGUGUAAAAAUGAUUCUAGUGUGAUAAAGUAACUUACAAACCUUUUCUGUGUAAAGUUUAAGCUCAUUUUACAACUUCGUUACCAUGACGAUGUAAUGUCAACAAACCCUCAAAAAUAGGCCAUGGUCACUUUUAUUGUCCCCAUUCACUUCAGUAGUAGGUGUCGCUCUGUAAUUUGUGGUAAUUAACUUUAUACCACAAAUGCUGUCGAUUGAACUUAACUUGUAUUGAACCCGGAAUGUUCCUUUAAGUAAAUCAUGUUAUAAAGAGUUUCAGGUACAAAAAAACAAGACAAAAUACUGAUUAAGAAAAGGUUUUGGGUUUUUUGCAUUGAUUUAAGUGUUGUUUUUUGACCCUAGAAUACAAAUAAAUACCAGUGCACUCUUUUAAAGCUAUGAAAGGUUUAAUGUUAGGAGGUCACAGGCUCUUUGGAUUCACACAACCGGCAGAGUAAAGCUCAGCUCCACCUACCUCUGCUCCAGCCGUGGCCUGAUCGUACCUCUCGGCGGCUGAAUGAGCUCUUUGUGUGAGCUGUAGCGAUGGAGGGCUCAAAUACCUCAUGAUCAUUGCUGAACUAGGUGUCUGAAACUUAUCAGACUUGGCUCAGACAUCUUGGUGGAAGAGGACUGUUCUAGUAUCAUUUAUUGACAUUUGUGUCCUACGACCCCAGAUCAGAACAUUGAUUGCCAGAGGGAUUUUGAUGACAUAUCUUGUUUUAUUUUUGCAUUAUGUCACCUUCCCUUCAUAUGUUCAUUUAAGACAAUCAGUGUUGAGAUCAUGCAGAUUAGUUAUUUGUUAUAGACCUUAGUCAGAGUGGACCAUGUUUGAUUUGAAGCAAAUGACAAUGAGGCUUUAAGGAAUAUAUGUACAGUCUGUUCAAUGUUUCGUACUGUUGUGUACCUUGGUGUAGGUUAUUUAGAUGACAAAAUAUUGGAAAAUAUGUCACGAAUUUCUAUGGCAUGAAUCCCAUCAGCCUUCAUUCGUGUAACAUGAGAACGUUUAAAAGUUUAAAAAAUGUUUGUGAAAAUUUCACACAUUCCUUCUUGUGUUUCAUAAAUAAGGCCUAUUGUUUAUCAAAAUCAUUCAUACAUAAAUUGUCGCAUUGAAUUGAAAUAUGAGAAGAAUGAAUUUUGGUGUAAGUUGCACAUUAAAAAAAUAGUUGCGUAAGUUGUGUAAAUUGUGCAACGCAAGCAAAACUAAUUUGUUUAAAUGGUUUAUAAAUCUGUUGUUUUUCCAAAGCAAUUUACACAUUCAUUCUUUUUGUUUCAUGAAUGUGGCCUACUGCCAUUCAGCCAUUCAUAAAGCUAUUCUUGAACAUUGAAUUUAAACGACCAGAAUGAAUUUCGGUGUAAGUUGUAUGUCAAAAAAAUUACUUUCUUUUUGUAAAUUGUUGCAUUGAACUACAACACAAGCAAAACAAUGUAUGUAAAUUGUUCGUAAAUCUAUCCUUUGUGAUUUUGCAAAUGCUUUACACCCUUUUUGGCCUAUUGUUCGUAACAACCAUUUAUAAAACCAUUCUUAAAUUGCUGCAUUGAAAAAUGAGCAGAAUGUAUUUGGAUGUAAAGGAUAUGUGAAAACCGUUCUUUGUUUACAUUUUCGCACUGAACUGCAACAAGCAAAACAAGUUUGUGUAAAUCGUUCGGAAAUCCAUUCGUGGUGGUUUUGUGAAUGUUUUACACAAAUUCGUUCUUUUCGUGUUUCAUGAGUGUGGCUUAUUGAUCGUAACAACCGCUCUUUAAUUAAUUGCCGCAUUGAAUUGAAAAUGAGCUAAACAAAUUUCAGUGUAAAUUGUACGUCAAAAUAAUCUAAAUUGUUGCACUGAAUUACAGUUUCACAUUGAAUUGCGAAUUUAUGUAAAUUGUUUGUUAAACAUUCUUGUGAAAAAAUUGUUGCAUUGGAUUGAAACACUUGUAAACAAUUUUCAAAGAAUUUCGUUCUACUUGCGCUUCAAAUAAAUGCGCCAAUUUACGAAAGAAUAGUUUAUGAAAGUUUAGCAAAUAUUUUUUCUUGUGUUUCAGUUGAAUGCGUAAAUUUACGCAAGAUUGGUUUUCCGAAGGAUUUACGCAGAAAUUCGUUCUGCUCGUUUUUCGUGAAUUGUAAAUCUAUACUUCACAGCCUUGAUUUAAUUUGCGUCAAAUUAAAUAAAUCAUGUACUCUGACUAAGAUCCAUUGAGGACUGAUUUUGAACAUUAGCUGUUUUCAUUUAAGCAUGUUAUUUGUUGGAGACGACAACAGAACGAUGUUGCAGGUAGUUGCCUCUGGUAGACCAACAGAAAGAAACCUCUUGGUCUACAGAGGACGAAAAUAAGUGUUGUGGGCAUCUGCUGGGGUUAUUUCGGUGUCACAUUCUGCAUUGGUGCAAGAGCUGAGUAUCUGAACUCUAUCUUGAUAAUCUCACAAACGGCAAUCGCUCAACAUCUCCAGCUGCCAAACCUGUGCCUUGAGGCUUGAACGGUGUCCAUUUUAUUCAGCUGUUGCUCUGUAAGAAUAGUAUGGCUCGGGCUGAAGUCCCAAGCCAACAGGGCUAAUAAUCUCAAAUGUCAUUCUCUUAACCUCUAGAAGGCAGAAAAAGAAAUUGCAGUGUCGUACAUCUCAGAUCAGCAGUCUCACUGUAGUUGUAGGACCAUAUGAUGUCACAGACACCAUUGGCGGACGUUACAAUUCUCGGGGUUCUUUUUUGUUUAGACUGGCUUUGUUGAAAAGCAUACACAUUGAGUAAUAAAGAGGCAGGAGGGCUGACCGGUUCCUUCAUAAUCAAGAAUAAGACAUUGUUUGCGAACAACCUUUUGUAUCAAUUUCCCUCCUGUACUUUGUUCUUUUCCCUUGUCGAGAUUUGUAUUUAUAUGUCUGAUAAAAAAAAAAAAAAAAAAAGAAGCUAUGAUCAGAAACCAUUUUGGAGGUCAUUGUGUUUUUAUUAAGGUCAUAAUAAAUGAUUUAAUGACUA